CUUUGUCAUCGGGUGUGUUCAAAGAGUGUGCGAGGGUAAGCGACCCCGCCUCCCCUUUAAACACCAGCUUUCUUCCAUUGACAAUGUCGUUUCGUCUUGGUUUUGCUUUCAAGUACAUUUCAACCUCCUUUAUACCUAUCUCAGUACCUCAUCCUUUCUCACUGAUUCCGGAAGACAUUUGAACAAGCAAUCAUUUAUCCGCCACAAUGAAACUCCGCGUCCUUUCACCGACUGAAGGGACUGACGUUGACCCUCGUUCAGUGGAUUCAUCAGAAUUGACAAGUACGCUCCCCCCGCCACAUAUUCGCACACCCGGUGAAUUUAGACAAUGGGUCAAGAGUUGGAUUGCGCUUAGUCGCAUGUGGCAAUUUUACGAAGGUGAAAUUGUCAAGCACCGACGACGACAUGUCAAAAAGAAGAGCAUUUUGAGUAGAGUGUGGGGAAGGAGGGAAAAGAAACAGAAGUUGGUACCUCAUGCAAAGUUGGUGGAUUUACCUCCCGAGGUUUUACAUCAGAUUGCGUCGUACCUCCCACCUCAAGACCUCGCCCACCUCCUUCAAACACCGUCACCUUUUUUGUCCCGGAUAGCUCAGGCGGCUAUUGCUCGCCGUCGCCAUGAAAUUACGUCGCUUGCGAACCUACAUACGUUCUUGGCAUACGGUGGCCGGAUGCCGCUGUUUUAUAGAACGGCAACGAUGAUUUUGUUUGGCCGACAUUUUUUAAGAUUGGUGCCAGAAGCGAGAUGUCUUUUGGGAGUUGGGUAUGCAGUCGUCUUGGCUUGGUUCAUGGUUUUGUUCUAUACUGUUCCAUUUUUAGUUGUGAUUGCGAUAUAUUGCACACUCGACAUUGCAACAUUGUUGACCCGCACCACAGCGUCGCUUUUAUUGCACACGUCCCCCAUCAUGACCACGCACCAUUUUCCGUCAUUUUUUCGGACACCUCCAAGGCCUUCAUACACCCACACUGUUCGUGACCUCUGCUUCACGGGUACCACCGACCCGCAAUCUCCCAGUCGGGGCCUUUUAAACCCGUGGGCGUCCCACUUGUACCUCCUUACAAGUUGCUGUCCCAAUCUCCGCAGUUUGCAUCUCGUUGGAUGUUCCCUCGCUUGGUGGUUCCGUCUUGCGAAAUUGGAUAGACUCAAGGUACUCAGACUGGAAGUGUGCGAACUGGAUGAGACUGGAAUGGAAAUAUUGGCUGGAAGUUGUGGGCAGGUUGUAGAGCGAAUUGUGCUUGUGGGUGGGGAAGUCAGAGGUGGGGAUGUGAGUGAGGAGGGCCCCAAUGGGACAUAUGUUAACAUGAACAUUGGGACGCAAUCUGGUUCUGCUUCAGGCCCGGUACAAUCCUUUCCUGCCUUGACGCAUGUCGAACUCCAGUCGCGGAUUACGGUCGAACCUCCUGGUCUAAAACUCAUCUUGGACCGUGCUCCCAACCUUUCGACCAUAUCCUUUUCUGCAGAGUGCAAAGGUCUGGUGUCGACUUUUGUCAGAUCCUUUGCGGUGGAGAAGGGUGAUCAGUUUGUGGUGAAGGAUGUGGAAGCUUUGAGGAACCAGUGGAAUAUCACUUGAUAUCCAUUGCAAUGCUUGAACGCAUAUAGCAGUUUUGAGCUUUUUUUUGCUGAUGUACAUUUUUGUUUGUCUCACAACCCUAUUUUUUUGUGCAAAACUCUGUACUGGUGGAAGGUUUUGGUUUUGAGAUAAAGUAUAUACCCCUUUAUGUUUGUAAAUAUAUUUCACACGUUUUUUUGGGCUGGA